AAUAACUGGCGAGUGUCACGGGGGAUUUCGGAGUGGAGGCUGGCUGGACUGAAGUCAUUCAGCACCGGUUGAUGCGGUAUUCGACGGUCUCGCCGAAGGACUCGCCUUCAGAGACCGCAAAGGCCGGUCGGUCGAAGGAUUCAGACCCUGAACUGAGAGGCAGCACCAGAGAAAGGGAGCAGAUGAGGGAGAGAGAAGGGAGAUACAAGAUGGCUCCCAAAGUAGCCCUGUUAAAGUUGUGAGGUCUUCUCUCUCAGACGCUGACCUCGUCUGUUGCUUACUGUCUUCUGUCCUGUUCAGGUUACUGACUUCCAGUAAACCGAAAGUCCAGUCCUGCCUGUUCCUCCUUCAUGCUCCUUCAUCAGACAGUUCACUGCAUAUGUGAGCUGCUGCCUUUCUGUUCACAGAUGAAAGUGUGCCAGUCCAGUCAUGUCCUCCACCAUCCUGCUGAUCAUCCUGUCUGGUGAGGAAACUGUUUUUGUUAAUAAUUCAUUCCUUGACUGCACGAUACAGGUCAAUCCCGCUGCAGGUGCUUCCAUGGUUUGGCAACGUCUCGAAGAGUGUUAUGGGACUCCCGAGGUCAUCGAAGACGCACUGCGAAGAUUGAGAACUUUCCGAGGCUGACCAAUAGAGGUACUGUUAAGCUGAGAGAGCUAAGUGACAUUCUCCAUGAACUGGAGCGCGCUAAGCAGGAUGGUGCACUGUCUGGACUCUCAUAUUUGGAUACAGCUCGAGGGGUGAAACAAAUAGUGGAAAAGCUCCCUUAUAACCUCCAAGAGAAAUGGAUCAGCUUUGGAAGCAAGUACAAAGAAGAUUACAGAAUGGCUUUUCCUCCCUUCUCUGUCUUCUCAAGGUUCGUUGAACAACAGGCAAAGAUAAAAAACAAUCCAAGCUUUACUAUAACACCGAACAGCAGUCAUGUCACUUCCAGGGUCGAAAAGCCUACAAGGUACAGUGGUAAAGGGUCUGUGGCUGUACAUAAAACUGACAUCCCUGCAGAGCCAUUAAGCAUCCAAGCCAGUUCUGCACUGAAGAAAAUGGGAGAACCGGAUCAUCAGUGUCCGAUACAUAGAAAGCCCCACCCACUGAAAAAAUGCAAGCUCUUUAGAAACAAAACUCUAGAAGAGUGCAAAUCAUACCUCAGAGAGAAUCACAUCUGUUAUCAAUGUUGUGGGUCUACUCAGCACAUGGCAAAAGAGUGUAAAAUGGCUGUCAAGUGUUUUGAGUGUAACAGUGACAAACACAUCGCAGCUCUGCACCCGGGUCCUCCUCUUCUGACCACACAGUGUGGUGGACGACAGAGAUGAAAGCGGGGAGCAAAAUGAAAGCCCACCAUCUUCAGUCACCUCCAAAUCUACAGAGGUUUAUGGAAGUGCAGACAGUGCAAGAUCUUGUUCCAAGAUCUGUUUGGUGAAAGCAUAUCCUGAAGGGAAAAAGGAGAAGGCAAUCAAGAUGUAUGCGGCGUUAGACGAACAAAGUAAUAAGUCUCUCGCCAAGACAGAGUUUUUCUGUCUUUUUGAAGUGAAAACUAGCUCCUUACACCCUGAAAACCUGUGCUGGGAAACUAGAGACUUCCGGUAGGAGAGCUGCUAAUUUCACCAUUGAGUCCAUGGGUGGGAAAGUAAAGCUUGCCUUACCCCCCUUGAUAGAGUGCAACAUGGUGCCAGACGAUAGGACAGAAAUCCCCUCCCCAGAGGUUGCAUGCCAUCACCCCCACCUACAGUCAGUUGCUAGUAAAAUUCCACCUGUGGACCAAGACGCACAAAUUCUUCUGCUCUUAGGAAGGAACAUCCUAAGGGGGCACAAAGUACGUGAGCAAAUCAACGGGCCCCACAACGCACCUUAUGCACAGCAGUUAGACCUAGGCUGGGUCCUUGUGGGAGAUGUGUGCUUGGGCACGGUUCAUAAGCCAUCAGAGGUGAACGUUUACAAGGCAAAUGUUUUGAACAACGGCCGCGUAUCCUUCCUCAGGCCAUGUCCAAACAGCAUCCACGUGAAGGAAGACUAUGGUGGUAUGACACAGCAUCACGGUGCAACCCUCCCUGCAUGUGACCUGAACACAAGUCUCCAUGUGCAUCCAAGUACAGACAACCUAGGGUGUUCUGUGUUUGACAGGUCUAAAGAUGACAACAAACUAGCACUGUCCAUUGAAGACAAAGCCUUCCUAGCUCUCAUGGAUUCAGAAGUCUACCAAAAUGAGGAGAACAGCUGGGUGGCUCCUUUACCCUUUCGGGUUCCUAGACGACGCCUUCUAAGCAACAGGGAGCAAGCUUUGAAACGCCUCUGCUCACUUCAGAGAACCCAUGAGAAAAAGCCAGAAAUGAGAGAACAUUAUAUCAAGCUCAUGCAGAAGAUGUUGGACAGUGGCCAAGCUGAGCUUGCUCCAUCUUUGGACAAAGGGAAAGAACACUGGUAUUUGCCAACCUUUGGUGUGUAUCACCCAAAAAAAACCAACCAGAUACGUGCUGUUUUCGACUUGAGUGCUGAAUGUGAUGGAACCUCACUCAGUGAUGUCCUCCUUAGUGGACCAGAUUUGAAUAACACUGCUUGGAGUUCUUUUGCAAUUCCGCAAAGAACCCGUCGCUCUUACAGAAGACGUGGAGUAAAUGUUUUAUUGUUUUGUCGUCCGAGAAGAGGACAGGGAUUAUCUUCGGUACCUCUGGUAUGAGGAUAAUGACAUAAGCAAGAAUGUCACCAAGUACAGGAUGAAGGUCCAUGUUUUUGGAAACAGCCCUUCACCUUCUGUGGCCAUCUACUGCAUGAGACAAACAGCACAAAAAGGUGAACAAGAACAUGGUUGGGAUGCAAGACGCAGUUUGUCGAGAGGCAGUUUUACGUAGAUGACGGUCUCACCUCAGUCGCCACACCUGAAGAGGCAACAGAUCUCCUCUCACAAACCAGAGAAAUGUUGGCAGAAUCCAACCUGUGACUGCACAAAGUGUCAUCAAACAGUAGUCAGGUAAUGGAAGCGUUUCCAGUAGAGGAGCGUGCCAAAGAUCUGAAGGAUCUAGACCUCGGAGUGGAUCCCCUACCCCUUCAGAGGAGUCUGGGUCUCUCCUGGAAUUUGGAAACAGACAGCUUUACUUACCUGGUGUCCUCUGAAGAAAGGCCGUACACACGGAGAGGUGUGUUGUCAACAGUUAACAGUUUGUAUGAGCCCUUGGGCUUUGUUGCUCCUAUAACAAUGCAAGGGAAAGCACUUCUGUGGGAGUUGUCUUCUGAACAGAGUGAGUGGGAUGCUCCUUUCCUCCCACAAAAGGAGGCAGAAUGGAACUCAUGGAGAGACUCUCCAAAGGCUCUGGCAGACAUGCUUAUAAGGAGGCGCUACAUACCAGUUUGGCUGUUCUCAACCCAGACAAAAGAACUGUGCAUCUUCUCAGAUUCUUCCACAGUGACGAUAGGAGCAGUGGUCUACCUGAGAGCUGCAGACACUGAGGGACAGUGUCAUGUCCGAUUUGUCAUGGGGAAGUCAAAAUUAGCUCCUCGCCGCGCUCACACCAUUCCACGUUUGGAGCUCUGUGCAGCGGUGCUGGCUGUUGAGCUAUACGAGUUGAUCAGCGAUGAGAUGGACAUUGAGAUAGCCAUUGUGAAAUUCUUCACUGACAGUAAGAUUGUCCUUGGCUACAUUCAUAACUCUACAAGAAGGUUUUACCUCCAUGUCUCCAACCGAGUAACUCGGUUAGAGACAUAGACGAUCUACACACCCCAACCAGAGGUACUAUGUGCCGACAGAUCUGAAUCCCGCUGAUUAUGCAACCAGGUUUAUGCCAGCAUGCCAACUCGAACACAGCAGCUGGUUGUCAGGUCCAGCUUUUCUCUAUCAGGACAAUGCAGAGGAGAUAUCCAAAUCUAAUAUCUUCGCCCUUAUUGAGCCUGAAGCAGAUGAGGAGAUUUUUCCAGAGGCUACUACCCUGGCAACCGAAGCAUCAGAGUCUCAGUUGGGCUCCCAACACUUCGAGCGAUGUUCAAGC